CAGAGGCAGCGUGGGGAGCGCUGGGAGCGGCUACGGCGUGCGGGGAGCUGAGGUAAAGCCGGGGCUAGUACGGUACCAGGGGUGCACGAGCUGGCUAAGCAAGAUUUGUAAAAAUGGAGUUUCAAGCCGUAGUUAUGGCCGUCGGUGGGGGAUCUCGGAUGACAGACUUGACUUCCAGCAUUCCCAAGCCUCUGCUUCCAGUUGGAAACAAACCUUUAAUUUGGUACCCGCUGAACCUGCUUGAGCGAGUUGGAUUUGAAGAAGUCAUCGUGGUUACAACCAAAGAUGUCCAAAAGGCUCUGUGUGCAGAGUUCAAGAUGAAAUUGAAGCCAGAUAUUGUGUGCAUUCCUGAUGAGGCAGACAUGGGGACUGCAGAUUCUCUACGCCACAUAUAUCCAAAACUUAAGACUGAUGUGCUGGUCCUGGGCUGCGAUCUGAUAACAGAUGUUGCCUUACACGAGGUUGUGGACCUGUUCAGAGCUUACGAUGCAUCGCUUGCCAUGUUAAUGAGGAAAGGACAAGAGAGCACAGAACCAGUUCCAGGUCAGAAGGGGAAAAAAAAAACAGUGGAGCAGCGUGACUUCAUUGGAGUGGACAGCACAGGAAAAAGGCUGCUCUUUAUGGCUAAUGAAGCAGACUUGGAUGAAGAGCUGGUCAUUAAGGGAUCCAUCCUGCAGAAGCACCCUAGGAUACAUUUCCAGACAGGCCUUGUGGACGCUCAUCUCUACUGCUUGAAGAAAUAUGUUGUGGAUUUCUUAAUGGAAAAUAGGUCAAUCACUUCUAUCCGAAGCGAACUGAUUCCAUACCUAGUAAGAAAACAAUUUUCCUCCGCCUCCUCACAGCAAAGGCAGGAAGACAAAGAAGAGGAUCUAAAGAAAAAGGAGCCCAAGUCUUUAGAUAUUUACAGUUUUAUAAAAAAAGACAACACUCUGACCUUGGCUCCCUAUGAUGCCUGCUGGAAUGCUUUUCGAAGAGACAAGUGGGAAGAUUUGUCUAGAUCACAGGUUCGCUGCUAUGUCCACAUCAUGAAGGAAGGACUUUGCUCUCGAGUAAGCACACUGGGACUCUACAUGGAAGCCAACAGACAGGUACCCAAAUUGCUGUCUGUUCUUUGUCCUGAGGAAUCAAUGAUCCAUCCAUCAGCCCAGAUUGCCAACAAACACCUGAUUGGAGCCGACAGCCUUAUCGGGUCAGAUACACAAGUUGGAGAGAAGUCAUCUAUUAAACGCUCUGUCAUUGGCUCAUCCUGUGUCAUCAGAGACAGAGUAACUGUUACCAACUGCCUUCUCAUGAACUCUGUCACCGUGGAAGAAGGGAGCAGCAUCCAUGGCAGCGUCAUCUGCAACAACGCCGUGGUCGAGGCGGGCGCGGAGAUCAGGGACUGUUUGAUUGGAAGUGGUCAGAGGAUUGAAGCCAAAGCUAAACGCAUGAAUGAGGUGAUCGUGGGAAAUGACCAGCUCAUGGAGAUCUGAAUCCUGAACAAGUCUGACCCCUUCCUUUUGGCCCCAAAACUACAGAUGUUGGCUGGCCCACCUGUUUGACUCUGUAUUUAUUUUUCAAUAAAAAGAAUGUCCAGGCUGUA